AUGAGUCGAGAACCCACUGAGCUUCCGGUUGACAUACAAGCCCUGGUCAAUCAAACCAUCGAGACUCUUCGAGUUCUCGUUCCUUGUGCCCCCCACACCGUAUCGGAUGAGAUCCAAGAUGCAGUAUUCGAAGCUAUUGAUGGGAUAGACAAGGAUAUGAGAAUGUUGAAUCUGGCUAUUCACGACAACCCCGAGCUUGGAUUCAAGGAAUUGUGA